AUGGAGCGCGAACCCGAUCAUGUCAACCCGGCGAUGGACAGGUCCUUCCUCACGGCCAACAUUGCGGAAGUGGUCGAGAAGAUGACGACCAACGAGAAGAUCCAGCUGCUCGCUGGUGAUGGAUGGUGGCACACUUUUGCUUACCCGCACCUGAACAUCCCGAGUGUCAAGGUCACGGACGGUCCUGCUGGAGCUCGUGGUGGUUCUGCUUACAACAUGACCCCCGCCCUCUCCUUCCCCAACGCGACCUGUGUCGGCGCGACCUUUGACAAAGAUCUGGCCUACCAGAUGGGAGAGACGCUCGCGGCCGAAGCGAAGGCUAGGGGAAGCGUCUGCCUGCUUGCGCCCACCAUCAACAUUCAGCGGUCCCCUCUCGGUGGCCGGGCAUUCGAGAGUUACGCGGAAGACCCUACGCUCAGCGGAGUCAUUGCCGGGCACUACGUCAAGGGGCUGCAGGAGAAGGGUGUCUCGGCUGCUAUCAAGCACUUUGUCUGCAAUGACCAGGAGCACGACCGGAUGGGCCAAGACUCCAUCGUCGCCCCUCGAGCUCUCCGGGAGGUCUACUUGCGUCCUUUCCAGAUCGCUCAUAAGCUUGCUCAACCCUGGGGCUACAUGACCUCAUAUGCCAAGCUCAACGGUACCCAUUGCGCGGAGCAUGACUGGCUGCUCAACACCCUUCUCCGGGGCGAAUGGAAACACGAAGGCAUUGUCAUGAGCGACUGGACCGGCACCUACUCUGUCUCGGAAGCCAUCAACGCCGGUCUCGACAUCGAGUUCCCUGGACCGGCCAAAUGGCGCGCCAAGGACCUGGUCAACCACAUGCUUACCGCGCAUAAGGUCGACAUUCGGCAGAUCGACGAGCUCGCGACUCACAUCCUCACGUGGGUGCAGAAGCUGGCACAGCAGAACGAGGACGUGGUGUAUGGCGAGAAGAAGGGCGAGCAAACCCGGUGGGACGCCAAGAAGGAGGACUCGGCGCUCGUCAGGCGGAUCAUCACCGAGGGGAUGGUUCUGCUCAAGAAUGAGGGGGAUAUCCUGCCGGUUGAGAAGGGCAAGGUGGCUGUCAUUGGCCCCAACGCCAAGGCCAAGGUCUUUACUGGUGGUGGAUCGGCUCGGCUCAAUCCCUCCUGGAGCACUACACCCUGGCAAGGUCUCGAGCAGGAGAAGCCGGACGGUAUCGACCUCUCCUACGCUGUCGGUACCCUCACCGCCAAAUACGCCCCUCUCCUCGACGAGAACUUUACCGCCUCGGACGGGUCGGUCGGGUUUGACGCUUACCACUACGCCGUCACCGCCGACGGUAAGCAGGCGGACAAAUACGUCGCGUCCGACGUCCUCACUCGGUCCGAAAUGCGCUUCAACAACUUCCAGCGGUCCGGCCUUACUGAGGACUGGUACACCGAGAUCAAGGCGACCUUCACCAGCCCCAUCACUGGCGAGUACGAGUUUGCCCUUACUUGUACUGGCAAGUUCUGGCUUUGGUUCGAGGACAAGCUGGUCAUGGAUAUGAGCGACUACAAGGUCAAGGGGCAGGCGUUCUACGGGAAUGGGUCAGAGGAGACCAAGGUCAAGGUCAAAGUGGAGCAGGGCAAGAAAUACCAGUUCCGCGUACUGCACGACACUCGCAGCCCGCCCGUCAAGUCCGGCUCGUCCACACUCACCUACAACGGGAUGCGCAUCGGUGCCGAGCCGGCGUACGAGCCCGAGCAGGCCAUGGAGGAGGCUGUUGCGCUCGCCAAGACAUCUGACAUCGCCAUUAUCGUUUGCGGUCUCAACCAGGACUGGGAAUCAGAAGGAGAUGACCGGCCAAAUCUCGAUCUCCCUAUGCGCAGCAACGAGCUCAUCGACCGGGUUGCCGCCGUCAACCCCAACACCAUCGUCAUCCUCCAGGGCGGAUCGGCGCUCGCCAUGCCCUGGCUCUCCAAGGUCAAGGGGGUCGUACAGGCAUGGUACGGCGGCUGCGAGACCGGCACCGGUAUCGCUGAUAUCGUCUAUGGCAAAGUCAACCCUUCUGGUCGGCUCCCAGUCACCUUCCCCGCUCGGGAAGAGGAUGUGCCAUCGUACCUCGCCUACAAGUCGGCGGAUACCAUCACCCGGUACGAAGAGGGUAUCUGGGUCGGAUACAAGCACUACAACGCCCGCAAGCUUGUCCCUCUCUUCCCUUUCGGCUUUGGCCUCAGCUAUACCUCAUUCGAAUACUCGGAUCUCGCCAUUACAUCGGUCAGUCCCGCCAAGGGCACGUCAGCGGACGAGUGGGAACUCAAGGCCAAAGUCAAGGUGACGAAUACCGGCAAGAUUGCCGGUAGUCACUCGGUCCACUUUUACACUCAGCCCCCGCCCGAAUUGGCGAUGGGUCUCAAGCACCCGGAGAGGGCACUGCAGGCGUUCGGGAAGGUACACAAUCUGAAGCCAGGGCAGAGUGAGGUGGUCGAGGUCUCGCUUGACAAGUACGCUAUCUCGCACUGGGACGAAAGGGCGAGUGUCUGGCGUGCGGAGCCAGGGCAGUGGGGUCUUACAGUCGGGUACGAUGCGAGCAAGACGUAUGGGUCGGAGAAGUUUGAGGUGGGCAAGGGGUUGACCUGGUCUGGCAUCUAA